AUGAGUGAGGCUGGGCAGAGUUCGAGCGGCGGGCCUAAUAGCUUGGAUUCUGUUGACUGGGUUUGCCAGGAAUUGGAGCUGUCGAAUCAAAGGACCACGGAACGGGGAUCGACGCGGUGGCUGGCGGGCCCUGAGGAUGGAAUUGUUGUCGACCAGGAGCUCCGCAAGCCGAAAGGAGCAGUGGAUGACUUCAAGACACCACCCGCGGGUGGCGAUAGUGGGUUUCUAGAAGGCACCUGGAACCCUCGACACAUCCGGUGUCUCCGUCGGAUAGUGACGUCGAUCACCUAA